CCAGGGUGUUUUGACCUGGGUAAGCCCAGUAGAGCCAGCCAGUAUCAAGCUGUUGACUACCAUCCCUGAGAUGCACAUUGCAGUCACUGUAGAUAUAGAAUCAACUAUCAAACUGUGGGACUGUCACAACGGUGAAGCUCUGGCGACUAACAACAUGUUCUCUCCCUGUCAGUCAUUGAAAGCUGUCUUUACCAAGGAUGGCCCGAUUGUCUUGAUAGGUGAUACCUUGGGUAACCUCUACAUCUUCAGGAUUCCAGAUUUACACCUCAUUUCCAGACACAAUGUAUUCCCACAUGGUAUUGAUGAACUCUACUGCUCUCCUCAGAAGAAAUGGGUCUAUCUGAGUAGGAAACACCCACAUAUCUUGCCAAAGGUGUUUUACAUGAACAGCUUACUGAGGACAUCAGAAUUCUCUGACCCAGUGUCUACUGAUCUCGAAUUUUCCUUAUGCCAAAGAGCAUUCUGGACCCCAAGAAGGGAAGACAGGAUAACCCUGAUGUCCAUACGUGGCCCCAAAAAAAUCACAAAGUUUAUCACAUUUGAUAUGGAGCUGGAAGAGAUCGGGAACAAAAUAAGUGUUAAAGAGCAAGUCUUUGCAAAAUUCUCAUUGGAAGAAUAUGAGAGGAGACCAGAAUGGUAUGGAGUCAGUGAUAAGGACGUGAUUGUUUGUUCAACUGGAUCCUCUCUCUUGCUCUUCAACCUUAACGGUCUCCUUCUGCAGACAUUUCAGUACUGCCCAGAAGAGAUCUUGAGACUAUGGGUGGACCCGGUUCAUGUCAUUGUCUCGUGUAAUGAUGGCUCUUUGGAUGUGUACACAUGGGAGGAGAGAAGCCUGCAGCUGAAUAAGUGUUAUCGGCUGCAAAACAGGAGAUAUCUGCCACCAGAAGGCCUCAUUAACAAAACACUAUGUGACGAUGUGAGCAUAAUUCAAGUGAUAACAAAUCGAACCACCCCCUGCUUUCUGAUGGCAUAUAUCUUGAAGUCUGCUCUUGAAAACUGAGUGGGUUAAGUGUCCUCUUCCUCAAUGAUAAUAAAGGUCUAUUUGCAAGCA